UCAAUAUAUCUAAGCGAAAUUGCUCCAAUAAAUUUGCGUGGUGCUGUAGGAUGUAUGUCCAAUGUCUUCCUCUAUACUGUCUUUCAAUUCGCGUUGGUUGUUGGCCUGCCUUUUACGUCGGGAGAUGAGGAGAAUUGGCAUUUAAUAUUUCUACUUUCCUACAUACCUCUAAGUGUUCAAUUAACUUUGUUGGGGUUCUUCUGUCCUGAAUCACCCAAAUACUGCUACAUUGUUCAUGAAAAUUUUAUGGAAGCUGAGAGGAGUUUGCAAUUGCUUAGAGGAAGGAAUGAUGUGACAACAAUAGUCCCUAUUAAUGCUUCAGGAGGAUGUCUUGCUGCUUAUCUCAGUAUUGUCUUCAUUGCAGUUUAUGUUGUCUUCUUCUCUUUUGGAUUUGUUGCAAUAAUCGAAACCUAUUUGAGCGACCUUUUUCCUUCAGGAGCCCGCACAGCUGGUUGUAGUGCCUCAACAUUGGCAUCAAAGGAGCGUUACUUCAUCAACUUUGCUAUUCGUUUGACUAAAGAGAAGCCUAAAGGAAAAGGUUAA